UUUAACAGCCCUCCACUUCGCAGCAAAUUAUGGUCAACUAGAAGCUGUGAAGUGGCUGGUGGACGAGGCUGGGCUGGAUGUUUCCCUUCGGAACAGAGAAGGUCUCACUGCCUUGAGCUACGCAGAGAAAUGCAGUUAUGAAGAAAUAGUGGCCUACUUGAGACAAAUUGCCAAAGGCGAUGGAGUGGGAGGAGGAGGAAGAGGUGCAGAAGGAAAAGCAGAAUCAGCAACAGUAGGAGGAACUUCUAUGGAACUGCGUUCGUCGAAAACACUUAAGCUCCUGAAGAUGGCGCAGAGAGGGGACGCGGAGGGUGUGCGUAGACUAGUAGAAGAUGGCGUGAACUUAGAAGCAGAGAGCUCAUUGCUGGACCAGAAAGGGCUUCGUGCGCUGCACUUGGCCUCUAUUGCAGGCCACGCCCGUGCAGUCCAAGAGCUCGUUAGAGGCGGCGCUGAGGUCAAUGCAAGAUCAGCAGAAGGGAUUUCUGCCAUCCACUACGCCGCCGCAGGAGGCCACAGCGAGAUUAUAGGGAUUCUAAAGGCGGCAGAGUGCGACCUGAAUGCAGUGACGAGCGCCGGCGACUCCGCCCUCCACUUGGCAGUGCACAGCAGUAACCUACUGACCGUGAAAGGCCUCGUAAAAAGCGGAGUGGACUUCGUUCGGGGCAACAGGAAAGGCCUCACCCCCUUGGAUAUCGCGGUGAAAGUUCAGAAAGCAGACAUAGCAAAUUACUUGGUGGAGGUCUGUGUGGAGAGAGCACUGGCAUCUGAGGACACGGGAAGCCUCGUCCAGUUGCUCCAGAAGGGAGCUGAGCUCGAUCAUCUGAUCGUGCAGCGGACCAGGGAAGGCAUGCGAGCGGUUCACUACGCUGCCAGACACGGCUCCUUGGAGAUGCUGAAGUUGCUGAAGGAAAGGAACACUGACAUGACGUCAACCUCCGUCACGGGACACACGGCCCUCCACUGGGCCGCUCGGGGCGGCCAUCUUGGCGCCGCCCGGUGGCUGGUGUCCCACGGGGGACUCGACGCCACCUGCCGGAGCAAGGACGGCGCCACGGCCUUGGACGUGGCGUUGGGGCUGAGAAACGCGGAGGUGGCCGGUUUCUUGAAAGAGGCUUCUGCUCAAGAGACAUUCCAAAAGGGGGAUUUGAAGAAAGUGAGAGAAUUGAUAACCGGAGGCUUCGACGCGAACGCUGUGUUUCAGGAGAAGAAAAACAAAGAAUGCCGGCCACUCCACCUCGCUGCUGAUGGAGGACAUGAAGAAAUUGUGAGAUUUCUCCUUCACUCUGGAUCGGAUACCGAAGCAACUAAUUACGAAGGCAUGACGCCGCUCCACCUGGCGUCCUGGGGAGGGCACGCAGAGGUCAUCGAGGUCCUGCUUCAAAAAGGCGCAAAUGGGAAUGCAAGGACCAACGAAGGCAUGACGGCAAUCCACCUGGCGAGUAUGGGGGGCCACGUGUCCUCGAUGGAGGCGUUGGCGCCCACGUGUGACAUCCUUUUAGUCACUCGCGAUGGGAAGUCGGCGCUCCACCUGGCGGCCGAGUACGGAAACUUAGGCGCAGUCCAGUGGCUGCAUCUGCAAGGGCUUGCCACUUCUUUAAAGGAUCAUUCAGGCCAAACUCCUCUCCAAUACGCGAAGGACGAGGGACACAAGAAGGUGAUGGAUUUCCUAAAACGUCUUGACCAACAGACCCUCAACCAGCGUCGCGUAAAGCAACGUUCACCAGAAGCACUUGCACAGAGAGCCGGAAGUAGGAAUGAGGAGGCAGCGAGGAAGCCCCUAGACCAUAGAGCGAACCCUGAGAGACCAGGCGAUUUGGAAGGAAGAAAAGGGAGCCCAGACUUGCACACCGCUGCUUCUUGGGGGUCAUGUGAAUGUCAUGCGGACUUGAAGGCGGGAGCUCCAAAGGACACGUUUGGACAGAACAGGUCUUCAGGCCGUGCACUGUGCGGCGAAGGGCGGCCACAUCGAGGCGCUGAAGCUCCUGAAGGAGAGUGAAUGCGAUUUAACGACCAGGACACCUCGAGGCGCCACAACCCUCCACUGCGCGGCCGAGGGCGGGCACGUGGCGGCGGUGCAGUGGCUUCUCGAACACAGCGGCCUCGGUCUCGAUUCCCUCAACCGAGGGGAAAAACUGCCCUCGAUGUGGCUCGAAGAAACGGCCAUCAUAACACUAUCGUCCAUUUGCUGGAGGCCAGACACCAAAGAGACGUGAAGAAGCUGCAGGAUGAGAUGAAAGAGAAAGAAUUUGAAAUUACAAAACUGGCUGCAGAUCUGAAGGUGAAAGAAGAACUAAGAAAGGUAAUACACCACACACACAUCUAUAAACAUGCAUAG